AUGGACACUCAAAAAAGGGCAAAUGUAUAGAGUCUUCAGGAAUUUGUUUAGCAGAACAAUUAGUUGCAUGUAAAUUCAGAUCAAAAAGUGUAAAAGCAUUUAAAUAGUUUACCAUUUGAUGAUCCUGAAAGAAUACUUGAUUAAUUUUUGAUUGACUGGUAGCCUACAAAAAGAUUUCCUAAAUUAGCCAUUAUAAAUUUUAUAUUAUGUUUAGCAUUUGGUGUAUUUGGAAGCGUUGAACUUGCUUAUACAUUAAUGAUUAAAGAGAAUUCUAUCGCAUACAAAAGUGUAUGCAGUAAUUAAGGCUAAGGUCUUGGUUAAGAAUGUAUUAUUAAGAAUUUUAACAUACCUUAAACUAUGAAAGGUCCAGUAUACGUUUACUAUUAAAUGAAUAAUUUUUUCUAAGCUUCUUCUGAAUUUUCAAAAUCGAAAAGCGUUGAUUAACUAAAAGGAAAAAAUAUUUCUGUUGCUUAAGCGAUAAAUGAAUGUGGUAGUAAUUAUUAUACAAAUAGCUAAAUGGGGUAAACGACUUCAAUUACAAAAAAAGCGCUAAAUCCUAACGAUGUGGCUAUACCUUGUGGCCUCUAUGCUUACACUUUUUUUAAUGAUACCUUUUAAAUCGAAGGUGUAACAAUAGAUGAUUCAAAUAUAGCUUGGUAGAUAGAUAUAGAUAAUAACUAUGUUAUGGACCCUGAGCUCAAAGAUAAAGCUUGGAUAAAUUUGACAGAUUAGCAUUUUAUGGUUUGGAUGAGACCUUCUCCAGCAUCUACAUUCAGAAAGUAUUAUGGCAAAAUUCAUGAUGGGUUAAAUGCUGGUACAUACACAUUAAAAAUAAUGAAUAACUAUAAUUCAGAUUAAUACAAAAGUACUAUCAAUUUUGUAGUUACGACAUUAAAUGAAUUUGGACAGUAAAACUACUUAGGAAGUAUUGUUUUGAUAUGCCUAUCUUGCAUAUUUUUAGUGGCUGGUAUAGUAUGUGUAUUCAAAUAUAUCCAUGCCAAAAAGAAUUUAUGA